AGCACUGACGAUCUCGUCUUUAUGUAAUUUAAGGAAAUUUUACCCCACUUUUUUUUUCUUAGCUUCUAAAGUAACCAAGUAAGGGCUCCUUGUUGGUUCACUUGUAAUAGUAAUACAGAUAUGCGUUAUGGAAUUCAGUGUCAGCCUCAGCCUCAAAUAUCUGUGUUCGAAUAUUGCCGAGGAAAAAUUGGAGGAUUGGUAAAAUACCAGUUGUUGUUGUUGUUUGCCCCAGGUCUGUUAUGUUCGAAAAGAUCAUUGACUUCAGACAUUCCAAUCUUAACCAUCGCGUCUUUAUUCAGACACAGUGAAUCUAAAAGUACAUUGGCCAAAUAUGUUCUUUCUAAAAGCGCUGUAGGGCGUGGUUUUGAGGAAGAUUUGGUUGCUAUUUCGAGUAAGUCGAACAAAGACGCAGAGGCUUCCGCAUACGUUCAUAUGUACCCGUUGUAUAUAUAACCCCAUGCUAUCUUUGAUCGAAAACACCCGUAUGCCAUGCAGGCAGUCGGCCGAAAGACGAGAAUCGUCUCAGUGAUCUAUCUGCCUGAAGAUUAUAUUGCACACGCCAUUAUGAUGAAUCAUUCCUGAGUACAGUCUGGACAUAUUACACACAGUCCAGUCUAGUUCUGUGUUUCAGUAGAUCCUGGGGUUGGCUACAGCGGCGUCGAAGUGGACUCGGUCAAAGCGUGACAGUUGGUGUGCAUCCCAUCACUAUUUGGGGCUAGUGAAGUUAUUGACGUUAUACAAAAGGAAUAUCUUUGGAAAAUUUGAAUAGACUUGCUAACCCUGAUGUAGAACGGUCUCAGGAACUUUCUCGUUUAAAGUCAAAUUCUGAUGAUAAGUUAUACAAUAGAAAAUGCCUUUUGCUUAAAUAUAAUAAGGAAACCGAAUCCACUAUGCCUGUAUCAAAAACUGAGAGAAAAAAUGUCAAAUUCUUUGAGCAGCUCCGGAUUAGCAGACCAGAAGGUAAAGCAUAUGACAACACACUCUUUCAGUAUGAUGAAGAUUAUUCAAAUUUGAAAAAUGCUGUAGGGCUUUGGAGGUUUGGAAAGAAAGGACGUGAACUUGGGCACCUUGGAGAUGUAACUGAUGUUAAGUAUGUUGGUAACAAUGUCUUACUUUUGACUGAUAUGUUCAAUAACCGACUUCAGACCUUAGACACAAAUGGUAAGCUAUUGAAUACUUGUGACUUGGAGAACAUUUAUCCAGUUUGUGCAACUUUGACUAAAGAGCGACAAGUGGUGCUAACUAGUCAUGUCCAGAAAUGCAUUAUGCUUCUUUCGAAAGAAGGUACACUUAUGAAUAUGUAUAGGCAGGGUUCUUUCACAUCGCCCUUCGGUAUUUCUGAAGAUCCUUUCAGUGGAUACUUUGCUGUCACUGACCAACAGGGUAAUUCUCUGACACUUCUAGAUAAACAAUUCAACAUCGUUCUUGAAAUAAACCCUACCAAUGAUAAGAGCAAUUGUUCUUUCCGUUGUCCAAGGCAUGUAAUAUUUUCUCCAACUGGAUUAAUCUUUGUUGCUGAUUCUGGUAAUCAUUCUCUGAAAGCAUUUGACAAAAAUGGAAUUCUUGUCACAAACAUCGGUACUUAUGGACGUGAUGCUGGAUAUCUUCGUUCCCCAUAUGGUAUUUGCAUUGACCAUUCUGGGAAUGUCUUAAUUGCUGAUCAUUAUAAUGAUCGUGUCGCUUGUUUUGAUCAGCGAGGCCAGUGGAUUAGAGAGGCUCUUAGCAGUUGUCAUAGAUUACGACAUCCGCAAGGCUUAGCCUUAACCUCAGACAACAAAUUGUGCGUAUCACAUGGUGAACGCAAAGCCACCGAAAUUGCUUUCUUUGAUAUUACUAAAGCAAAUGAAAUUGAACAGACUUUCCAAUCUGAACGAUUAUAAAUAUGGAGUCACCAUAAAAAUUCUAAUGAAUUCUUCCAGAUUUCAUUUUCAAAUUUCCUUUCCAGUAAGUCCUUUUGCUUUCACAUGUUCAAAUAUAAUAAAACUACAAUGCAAAUUUAUAUUUUCAUUUAUGCAAACCUUUAUCUUAUAUAAUCAUAUGUAAAUUUACCUAUUUAUGCUACUACAUACAUGCCUAAUUCUCAUCAACAAUUUCAAAUGAAGAUAAAAGGUUUUGCAACAUUGUCUUUGGUGACUUUUAAUUAAUUAAAAAAAGAUAAGAAUUGUU